UCGUCUUCGUCUUCGUCUUCUUCUUCUUCUUCAUAUUCAACUUCACUCACUAAUUUACAUCCACAGGUCUCUUUUGCAGACCUCUGUUGGAUGCUACCUCUUUGCUCUUAUAAAAUAAAAGAUAAAUUUCUGUAAUUACUUGGACUGGAGAGAUGAUGUCUGCUCCACUUUGCAAGAGCUUUCUAUUAUCUUCAGCUUUAAGCAUCACUGAAGAGGCCGUGGAUGCCAAGAAGCAGGGCAUAGUAUCCAUUCUCGGAUCGGAUUCCGACAGGCCGACAACAGCUACUUCGCUUAGAAGGACGUUGUCGGCCGAUAUGUCGUCCCAGACAUGGCUGACUCAACAAGGAACGAUGUCUGCCCUGAAGAAGAGUCCAUCAUCCCAGGAAUUCCCUGUUUCUUCAUCGUUCCUGGAAGGGGAAGACGAUGUCGAAUCCCCGAGUCAAUUCGACACCUGGGCUUUGAUUGAACAGAAGAAGACGAAGGAAGUUGAAAAUCAAGGCCGGUUUAAUAUAUGGAGCUCAAUUGUAUCACAAAAGGCCGAGGAAGAGUCUGUGAAGUCCUCCCCACCUUAUAUUCACCCUCUUGUGAAGCGAUCAGCUAGCUGUUUGAGCGAGAAAAGCCUCGAGAUUUGUACCGAGAGCCUUGGUUCCGAGACCGGCUCCGAUGGAUUCUCGUCAGAAACUGGCGAGAUGGAGGAAGAUAAACAAGAGGAUCAACAACUGCUACACCAAAAGAAUGAAACAGUGACACCGCCGAUUAUGCCUUGUCUAGAUGGUGAAAAGCCUAGAAUUGUGAAAUACGACUAUGAUGUUGGCAAGAAAUCGCCGAACACAUCAUUUCCGCCGCCGAUUCCUUCCCUUUCGGCGAAAGAUGGAGGAGCAUUGAGGCGCUUGAAGACUUAUCGUGAUAAUGGUAGAUUGAUCAUUGAAGCUGUUCCAAUGCCUUCAUUGAAAAACUUCCUUGCUCAACGCCAUGAUGGUCGCCUUGUCCUUACUUUUGCCAAUACUAGUGCAAUCAAUGAUACAGAAGAAGAAAUGGAAAUGGAAGAAUUAGGAGAAGAGUUCGAAAGCUUUGGAGAAGAAGAAACUGAAGCAGACAUUGAUGAUGAAGAAGAAGAAGAAGAAAAAGGUGGAGAUAAGCGUUGUGAGAUUGAGCAGGCUCCUAAACUGUCAAGUGGAGCAAUCAACGUGCACAGAUUAGCUGUUAUGAUGAACAAGCCGAUAUGGUUAGCAAACAGGAACCCAACAUGGCUUAAACUAACAACCCCACCACCACCAGUAGCACAGUCAUUGCCACCACGUCCAAGGGUCACUAGGAUGAUACCACCGCCAGCAUCGAAGGCUGUAGCCGAAGCAGGCACAGCUACAUCACUCAAUGCUUAUGAGUACUACUGGAGGAGGUCCGAUCAGAGCAUGUCAAUGAACAAGAAGCAGCUGAUUCCCUCAACAGGCAAUAAAGAUGAACAAGGGAAGAUUAAAGGUAAUUGCUUUGUUCCAUUGUUAAAAGGCUGCAAAGAACCAAGGAGGACCCUUCUCUUCUGGGAGCCCCAUUGCAUUGCCACUUCCUGAUGAUCCUAUAAUUAUUGUUGUUAUUAUUAUUAUUAUUAUUACCUUUUUUUUUUUUUUUGCUCUCCUAGCUAGUUUUUUUCCACAUCCACUCUUUGAAGAGGGUGAUUGUGUAGUCAAAAAUCUAAUAAAAAGUAUCUGAGGGAGAGAAAUUAAUACUUUU